AUGGGCUCGGGCUUCUCAAAGGCUCAGACUGCGCACCUGCAGGACCUUUGGGAUAUCAUCAAAUUCUCCAUUGCAAUCUCUCAAGCGACAGAUCGCCCGCUUCCCAUACCCCCGGAAAAGCCGCCUGUCAGCUACAUGCACAUCCGCGAGAUGGCGCGCUUCAGCAUGGGCGUCUUCGUGCUCCGCACCAGCGCCUGCAUCCCUCUGCAUGACCACCCGGGCAUACAGGGGCUGCUGAAGGUCCUCUACGGCACCCUCCGCAUCGCCUGCUUCGACGAGCAGCCCGAGGAGCCUCAGGACGCCCCCGACGCCACCGCUUCCGCCGACGCCUCCGAAGCCGCCUCCUGCCCCGGCAGCCCUUGCCGCUUGCGUGCCUUGCUCUGCUCGCACCGCCUCUACACAGCCUCCGCGCCACCCUGCCUGCUCUCCCCGCAGCGGGACAACCUGCACCAGAUCGCGGCUGAGGGUGCCGGGCCCGCCGCCUUCCUCUACAUCCUGGCACCGCCCUACGACCCAGCCCACGGAUGCGACUGCCACUACUACUGGCUGGCCGAUGGGCAGAGCCUCCCGCCCGCAACUGGCCCUCCAUGCGCUCUCUGGCUGCUGGAAACCCCGCAGGUGCCCGACUUCUGGUGUGGCGGGGAGCCUUACCCAGGCCCCCGAGUCUACCCCUGA